CACACACACACACACACACACACACACACACAUUCACACACUCACUCACUCACUCACUGGAUAUGCUCACGAGCGAGUCAGACGGGCGCAGACAUACAGAGAAGAGUGAGCACAUGUGACACAUAACAUAUCAGUGUUGCAACUCACCAGAUGGGAACCAUUGCUUGAGAUAACAAACCUUUCUCUGAACUAAGUUCAAUGGGAGCAGAAUGUCUGUGAAUGCCCCCAGCAGCAGUGAUGCGUGUUUAAGCAUCGUUCACAGCCUGAUGUGCCACCGCCAGGGAGGAGAGAAUGAGAGCUUCGCCAAACGUGCCAUUGAAAGCCUGGUAAAGAAACUCAAAGAGAAAAGAGAUGAGCUUGACUCCCUCAUCACCGCUAUCACCACAAAUGGAGUCCAUCCAAGCAAGUGCGUCACCAUACAAAGAACGCUGGAUGGACGUUUGCAGGUGGCUGGGCGGAAGGGUUUCCCUCAUGUCAUAUACGCUCGUCUGUGGCGAUGGCCGGACCUCCACAAGAAUGAACUCAAGCAUGUCAAGUUCUGUCAGUAUGCGUUCGAUCUGAAGUACGAUAAUGUGUGUGUGAACCCCUACCACUAUGAGCGUGUGGUUUCCCCUGGGAUUGUGGGAUUCAGUUUGCCAAACACAGGCAGGCUGAUAAAAGAAGAGCACAUACAUGACUGCAUCCAGAUGGAGGGUCCAUCGAAUAUGACAUUACAGCAAGACCAUCAUCCUUCAGAUCACUACAGCCCACAGCCACUGAGACUGAUGUCCCCAGAGCCGCCCCAGCGGACCACUUCCUCGGUCACUCUCUACCCCAGCCUGCCCCUCUCUCCACCCUCGAGUGCUUCCAGGUUGUCCAUGCAGGUGGACCGCCCUGAGGGACUGUUGCAGAUCGCCUCCCCAGCAGGACGAGCCUUAACCUCCAGCUCUCCACCUUCCACCCCAACACACAGUCACGCACCCACACACAGCCAGCCCUCAUCCCAGCAGCCCUCUGUCAGUCAAAGUGAAUACAGCACCUCGAAGCACACACAGACACAGGGCUCUUACCACACAACAACCUGGACAGGGACCAGUACAGCCUCUUAUACUCCUACUGGACCACAGCAAAAUGGGCGGAGUCACCAGCAAGCCCCUCCCCCUCAUACCAGCCACUUCUGGUCUCAGCAUCACACACCAGCCUCAUACCCUCAACCAGUCUCCAACCAUCCAGGCCCAGAGUUCUGGUGCUCAAUCUCUUAUUUCGAGAUGGACGUGCAGGUCGGGGAGAUGUUUAAGGUUCUAGCAAACUGUCCUGUGGUGACAGUAGAUGGAUAUGUGGACCCUUCGGGCGGGGACCGCUUUUGCCUGGGUCAGCUUAGCAAUGUUCACCGAACUGAUGCCAGUGAGAGGGCAAGGCUUCACAUUGGUAAAGGUGUUCAGCUGGAGUGUCGUGGGGAGGGGGACGUGUGGAUGCGUUGCCUUAGUGACCAUGCUGUCUUCGUGCAAAGUUACUACCUGGACAGGGAGGCAGGGAGAGCGCCAGGGGAUGCUGUUCACAAGAUCUACCCAGGAGCCCUCAUUAAGGUAUUUGAUCUUCGUCAGUGUCACAGGCAGAUGCAGCAGCAAGCGGCGACUGCGCAGGCAGCUGCGGCUGCGCAGGCUGCAGCGGUAGCUGGGAACAUCCCUGGGCCUGGCAGUGUUGGAGGAAUUGCUCCAGCCAUCAGUCUGUCGGCCGCCGCCGGAAUAGGUGUUGAUGACCUGCGUCGUUUGUGUAUCCUGCGUCUGAGUUUUGUAAAGGGUUGGGGACCUGACUACCCUCGACAGACCAUCAAACAAACACCGUGCUGGGUGGAAGUUCAUCUACACCGUGCCCUGCAGCUGCUGGAUGAGGUCCUGCACACCAUGCCCCUCGCUGACCCUGGACCUGCCAACUGACCCAAAGACUGUAAAAUAUACAAGUCCUGUCACAAAAACAGGGAAGACGAAAGACAGAGAAACAGAGAGACACACACACCUGCACAGGCAAACAGUGACUCAUAGUACCACAUACACGUAUAAGCCGUCAUGCCUUCACACACACACACACACAGUCUUUCCACAGGCUUUUCCUUGGCCAGCAAAGUGCCUCUGAACUGACCAGUGUUUAGUCCACUCUUGGGUGCUGUUGACUCAGUUGUCAAGGUAACACAGACCAAAGGCCCCACUGAUGAGUUCACACUAAUGGAGGUCCAAAAGAGGUGGAAGUAUUGAAGAGGGAGAGAAAGAUCCAUACAAAUGUUGCAAUUCUGCUGCACUAGGGCUUUAGGGGUAAAGCUCUGACUUCAACUGAUUUAUCAUAGUUCUUAAAGUGGCAGCUGAUCUGAAUUCUGAGUGCAGGCAGGAAGUCCAUGAACAAAUGCAUUUAAAACCAGCUAAUAAAAAGGAUAGAAAUUGUGCAGUAGUCUACAAACCCAUUUAAUUUAACCUGACAAAUCUUGAAAUGAGACCAAAAACAAGUGAUCUCGGGAACAAAGAAUCUGCUGUUUUAAUGAGAAUCAAAUUAUGAAUACCAUAAGUGUUUAUAACUCAGUGAUACAGAGAUAAAAGUUUUGUUAACAGGGGGAUUUUCAUCUGUUAGGUUAUACAUGAGUGAUGCCAUAACAGUCUGACACAUCCAUACACGGUCAAUCCUUGAUAAGCCAUGACACUGAGACAGGAGUGAGGACACCUAGUGGUUAUUUUUAAGUAUUACAUUCCCUUUAUACACAGGCCUGCAUUAGACAUGAGUUACCCAACUCUUACUUAAGCUUUAUAUACGAAUUGUGUUUAAUUCAAAGAUUACUCGAGAGGCUGUGUUAUAUUGUGAAUAUAUUCAUGGCAAAAGGGAGUUGUUAGGCAAAACACCUCCAAUAUAUGCAUUUCCUAAAUUAUUACAUUUUGUCAAAUCCCACUUGCUUAUUGUAGGACAAUGUAUAAGGGGUCUGCCACUAAGAGGGCCCUCCAAACAUGUGUGUUCCAGGACCAUGAUCCAGCCGUGACUAUAUUCAGAAUACAGUGCACACUCAAGUGCUUUAUUGCUUCCAUAAAAUGGCCACUACAUAAUAAAAAAUAUUAAGAAAAGUAAA